AUGGAUUCGAUCAAGGCCAUCCAGUUCAUCAUUUUGACCGUAGGCACAAUAGCCUUUUAUCAUCUUUGGCGUCGCGGCCGACCCCCAGCCCGACUGGCACAACCAACGCGGGCAGUCCGUCUCCAGCAAGUCUACCCUCCGCCCGAGAACCAGACCCGAACAGAUAUCGAUAUAAUUGCCAUUCAUGGACUCGAUACGAAUUCGGAGGCGACUUGGGUGUGGGACCCCAAGGGCGACAAUGUGAAUUGGCUCAAACAAUCGGAUAUGCUGCCAACCAGAUUUCGGUCAGCGCGGAUUUUCACCUGCGACUGGCCUGCUGACCUAUUUGAGGAUCCAGACUUCGUCCAGAAAGAGUUCGAGGAGUUCGCCCGGCUCUUGCUUGCCGGUAUCAAGUCUCGAUCUCCAGCCACAAACGGGGUUUGCGGCAAAGCAGAAGAAAGGCCGAUUGGCUUUAUCGCAUCGUGCCUUGGGGGUGUCAUCUUGAUGAAAGCACUCGUCAUGGCGAGCCAUGAGUAUCAAUGCGUGAAACAAGCAACCCGCGGUAUUAUCUUCCUUGCCACCCCAUUUCGUGGCACCUCGUUCGAGGACGUGGCCAGAUGGGCCGAACCAGGUCUGAACGCCUGGGCUUCGCUCAGGGGCAAGAAGAUCAGUCACCUGCUUAAGCUUGCGAAAUCGUCUUUUAACUUAGAGGAACUCGUGCGCAACUUUACUGCCCUCUGCCAAGAGAACGAUCUUGCCGAUUAUAUAGUCACCUUCUACGAGACUGGCAACACGAGGCUGACACACAAGGUAGUUCGUUGGCUCCCUCAGUAUUUGGCCCAAGAAAAACCGGUACGACCUAUGAUCUAUUUCCUUUUCACCUACUCGCUGAGAAUAAAGAAAAUGUUUUCUAAUCCUCAGCAGCUUGUCAGUAGAUCUUCCGGAACUUUGGACAUUGUCAAACAUCCCCUAGCCCUCGAUCGACGACAUGUAUUAAUGAAUAAGUUCGCUGGCCCUCAUGAUCCAGAUUAUGAGACCGUUACUGAGAGGGUUGGUUACCUUCUUCGCAAGAUCGGCCAGGGUCGGCUAAUCGAAAGGGCCGAUGUUUGGAUACGGACUAAACGAUACUCCUUGAAAGAGCUCAAGAUCGAACGGCUCUCUGGGGAGCUGCUUCCGAUGGAUCGCUGCUAUAUUAAUCUUGCUCUUGUAGAGCGCUCCUCCGUGAAUGCUAGUCGUGUAGGAGACAAUGCUGGUCAGAAGGGUUCUCCAUUCUCACUUUUUGCCCGAAUCAAGACUGAGCGACCAGACAAAACCAUCGAGAUGACAUUGCCAGCUCUCUUUGAACCGCAUCAGACACCCGACGGCCAGAAGCGCCGGCCAAAUCGGAUCCUGAUUCAUGGGCGGGCAGGAGUAGGCAAGACAACCCUGUGCAAGAAAAUCGUCCACGAUUUUACCUAUGCCGGAAUGUGGCAGAAUUUGUUUGAUCGUGUGCUUUGGCUCCCGUUGCGGAAUUUGAAGCGCGAAGACAGACGUCGGUCCUCUACAUACAACUUUGGCUCGUUAUUCUAUGACGAGUAUUUCUCUCAACAUCCACAGGGCAAAGAUCUGGCUGAUGCAGUGUGGAGUACGUUGCUCCAAACUACGAGUGAGAGAAUAUUGCUCAUCCUUGAUGGCCUUGACGAAGUGGUUGAGGACUUAGAAGGCGAUAUGCUUGUCUUUUUCAAGGAGCUCCUUGAUCAACCCAAUGUUAUCGUCACGUCCCGGCCCCACGCAAUGCUUCCACAGGACACAAAAGAUGUUGACCUGCGGCUGGAAACGAUCGGAUUCUACCCAGACCAGCUGAAGGCGUACGUUGAAAACGCCUUUACUGACCGGGAAACGGGCGAAACAAAUUACGAGAAAGUCUCCAUGAUCCAGUCUUACCUCCAAAAGCAUCCGUUAGUCCAGGGACUGGUACGAAUUCCAGUCCAGCUGGAUGCAUUUUGCUUUACCUGGGAAACCUGGGAACGCUCCAAUGAUCAAGACACCCCGAAGACUAUGACUGCUGUCUACCAAGCCAUUGAGCUCAGUUUAUGGAAGAAAGAUGCCGUGAAACUGGGCAAGCUGACUGAGGCUCGAGCUCUGGGCGCUCGGCGACGCGAGAUUACAAGCUUGAUUAGAGUCCAACGCCAUCUUCUUGAAUACCUUGCCUUCACUGGAAUCUAUAACAAUGUGAUAGAUUUCGAGUCGAAACACUGCGAUGCGAUUUUAGAUGGGCCCACGUUCACCGGCAAAAAUUUCCUUUUAGAUGAGACCCUUAAGAGCCUCUCCUUCCUGCGGACACCAGAUCAAUCGUUGGGAAGCCGCGAUCAGAGCUACCAUUUCUUACACCUGACAUUCCAAGAGUACUUUGCUGCGCGCUACUUUGUCCGGCAAUGGAAAGCCAACAAACUACUUGAGUAUAUCAUGUUUGGCGACGGACGAAACAGAGGUUCCAAGCCUGCCAAUCUGCAUCCCACUGCUUUUCUUCGAAGGAAAAAAUAUAAAUCACGAUAUGACAUCUUCUGGCGCUUUGUUGCUGGCUUACUCAACGAGGAGGAGGGAGAUGAAGAGGCAUCCCGAUUCUUCGACGCUAUCGAGGCGGAGCCUCUCGAUAUCCUCGGUCCUACGCACCAACGGCUGGUCAUGCAUUGUUUGAGUGAAAUACGGACAGCGGCGACAUUUAAAAAGGGACUGGAGGAGCAGCUAUCGCAGUGGCUGCUUUUCGAGUGCAGAAACACCAAUCGUUCGAGUCUGGGAAGUGACAUGGAAUUUCCUGUGCCUAUUCUUCUUCGUGCAUUACGAGAAGAGUCGGAAGUCGACAGGUUACUUCUUCUAGGCUCACUACGGCGGAGACUAGCUAUCGAACCAGGUAUUCUAGAGCUGGUUACUUCUAUGCUGGAAGCUGAUCGCUUCAGUAAUACCUUGAAAGUACUUGUCCUUAAUCUGCUCGCCUGCCAGUCAGCACUCUUACCGGAGGUCCUUGAAAAAGUUGCAGCUCUGCUUGCUAGUAAAAGCAAAUAUGUUAGGGAGGCGGCAGUCGAGGUCCUCGCUAGGCAGUCAGCGCUCACAUCAGAGAUCCUUCAAAAAGUUAUAGCACAGCCUGAGGAUAUCGACUGGAGUCUUAGACAGGAGGUGGUUGGAGCCCUUGCCCGCGAGUCAGCGCUCACACCAGAGAUUCUCGAGAAAGUUGGAAUACAGGUUCAAGACGAAGACGGAGAUUCCAGACAGGCAACGAUUGAGGCACCUGAUAGUGAAUCAGAAUUCGAAUCAAACAUGUGGACAUUUGAAUUGGUUGUACCUGAAGGAGUGUUCCCUGUCCGGUCGACGCUCACACCAGAGAGCCUUCAAAAACUCGCUGGCCAAACUGAGAACAAAGACCGGAGAGUUGAACUGGUUCUACUUGAAGCUCUCACACCAGAGAUGAUUCAAAAAUUCGCUGGUCAACUUGAGAAUGAAGACUGGAGAGUUAAACUGGUUGCACUUGAAGCGCUCGCUAGCCAAUCGACGCUCACAUCAGAGAUCGUCGAGAAAGUCUCAGCACGGCUUCAGGAUAAAAACCAGAGAGUUAGAGUGGCCGCAAUUGAAGCACUCCUCAACCAGUCAACGCUCACACUAGAGCUCCUCGAGAAAGUCGAGGUACAGCUUGCCGAUGUAAAGUGGGAUACGAGACCGCAAGCGCUUAGAGCGCUUGCUAGCCAGUUGCUGUUUACACCAGAUAAUUUUCAAAGGGUUACAGCAUGGCUUAAGAAUAGAGACUCGAGUGUUCGACUGGUUGCACUUGAAACGCUCGCCAGCCAGUCAAAGCACACACCAGAGAUCCUCGAGAACAUCGCAACACUGCUUACCGAUGAAGACCGUCAUGUGAGAGGGGCGGCAGCGCAAGUAAUCACAAAGCUGGCACCAUCCUUGGAGGCGAUUAGUCCUUAUCUCGAUCCAUUUUACCGGGCUUUGCUGGAAAGGAGCUUUAUUGUGCCUGUCAGUUGGUUUAAUGCGGAUGGAUUUUCCUACAUGAUAGUGGAUGAGAGAGUGGUCUCUUUGGGACGUCUGCCAUGUCAUUUUAUGGAGGUGAUUCAGGCCACACAGAGAGCCUUGGGAUCCCCUCUAUCUCGCUAG